AUGAUCACAGACGUGCAGCUCACCAUCUUCGCCAACACGCUGGGCAUGUUGCUCUUUCUGCUUGUCGUUCUCUAUCACUAUGUGACCGUCAACAAUCCCAAGAAAUAG